AUAACCAAAUAUGGGCUUUCUCAGAAACUGUGUGUAGUAUUUUGUGAACUAGAUAUGUCGAGAGCGUAGAUAAGAUACCGUAGUUAAACCAACGCGCGUAAAUGUAAACAAAUUUCGGAACGUGAAUCCAGUGCAUUUUAAAUAGGAUAUAAGCGAAGAUGUCUUUCCGUGUGGUGCGCUCGUCGAAAUUCCGACACGUCUACGGCCAGGCCCUGAAAAGGGAGCAGUGCUACGACAACAUAAGGGUGUCGAAGAGUUCGUGGGACUCGACCUUUUGCGCCGUCAAUCCCAAGUUCCUCGCCAUCAUCGUCGAGAGCGCCGGCGGCGGCGCCUUCAUCGUGCUGCCCCACAACAAGGUGGGCAGAAUCCCGGCCGACCAUCCACUGGUCGGCGGUCACAAGGGCCCCGUCCUGGACAUCGCUUUCUGUCCUCACAACGACAACGUCAUAGCUAGCGGUUCGGAGGACUGCGUCGCCAAAGUGUGGCACAUUCCCGACGGCGGUCUGCAUAAAACCCUCACCGAACCGGUGGUCGAUCUCAUCUACCAUCAGCGGCGCGUCGGCCUGGUACUGUGGCAUCCCACCGCCCUCAACGUCCUGCUCACCGCCGGCAGCGACAACCAGGUCGUCAUCUGGAACGUCGGAACUGGUGAGGCUCUAGUCGAAAUUACGUGCCAUCCGGACAUCGUGUACAGUGCCUGCUUCAACUGGGACGGCUCCCAGCUGCUGACGACAUGCAAGGACAAGAAGAUCCGCAUUAUCAACCCCAGGACCGGCGACGUCGAGUCCGAGGCGUUGUCUCACGAGGGCUCCAAAGCCACCAGGGCCAUAUUCCUGAGGCACGGCCUCGUCUUCACCACCGGCUUCUCGAAAAUGUCCGAGAGGCAGUACAGUUUGCGGACGCCGGACGCCCUGAACGAGCCCAUCGUCAUGGUCGAACUGGACACGUCCAACGGCGUCAUGUUCCCGCUCUACGAUCCCGACACCAAUCUGGUUUACUUGUGUGGAAAGGGUGACUCGGUCAUCAGGUACUUUGAAAUAACUGCGGAACCACCGUUCGUUCACUACAUCAACACCUUCCAGACGCCAGAUCCCCAAAGAGGCAUCGGCAUGAUGCCGAAGAGAGGCUGUGACGUCACCUCGUGCGAGAUCUCCAGGUUCUACAGGCUCAACAACUCGGGUCUCUGUCAGGUGAUAACGAUGACGGUGCCCAGGAAGGCGGAACUCUUCCAGCAGGAUCUCUAUCCGGACACGCUGGGCGACACGGCCGCCCUGAGUGCGGACGAAUGGUUCGGCGGCCAGGACGCCGAGCCCAUAUUGAUCUCGUUGAAGGACGGCUACAAGCCGCCCGAGUCGAAGGCCGCCCUGUCGGUCACGCGCAGGAGCAACGUGCUCGACAAGAUGCCGCCCAAGGGCGGCAAGGGUGCGACUGGUGCGGCUGGAGGUGGCUCUCCCGUCUCGGUAAGCGAUGAUAAGACGUUGCAGGAGUUCGCCGACGAGAUCCGCAAGCUGAAGGCGAUGAUUGUCAAGCACGAGAACCGCAUCCGAGCCUUGGAGGCGGAGGUGGCGCUCAGCAAGUCGACCACGGCAGCGACGGAUGACGACGACGGCGCGGGCGGCGGCGACGGCCUGCAACAGUCGCAGGAGCUGGCCGCCGACGAGGUCUAGGUCUUCGUUCAUUGUCUAUGGGGACUGGCUCGUGCGAACGAAACGCACAACGAAUGUAUGCUCAAAAAGGUGUCCAAUCACCAUAACUGUUUUUGCAAAUGUCCUUGCUUUUUUAUACAUAAUCCUAGUUAGGCUAAAAUGUCAUUUAUUUAUUUAUUUUAUUUUUAUCACACAUACUACACAUUGUGAAGAUAUACAACAUAUAUAUUUAUAUAUACAACGUCGCCAAAUCGUAAAUCAUCGAAACCAAGUGCCCUUAAAACGUCGUUUUAUAUAAUUAAUAAUUAAUUAUAUUAGUGUAUUUUAAAUUAAUCGCAUGCGCAACGCGUUGUUGUAUUUUUUGAACGAUUUGAAUAGUUGUUGCACAAGAAUUUUAAACAAAACGAAAUUGUUAGACAUAUUUAUAUAGUUUAUGAAGUUAUUUUGUAACCCGUUCGGAAAUUUCUGAUAAUAACAGAACAACCUCAUGUACAUACAGUAAAUAUUUUUGUACAAUCUUAGGAUUUAAGCGAACGAACAACUUUAUUACACGUAAUAACACGUAGCUCUCUAAAUACUUUACCUAUUUAAACUGGCUACUAAUUUAACCGAACUAAUUUAUUAAUUCGUAUUUGCAACCCGUUCCAACAUGACAAUACUGUAUACUUGUAAACUGACGAACAACUUGUUAAGUGUGUAAAUAAAUGGAUUGACCUCCUGGCCCUCUUCUAUUCUCAAGUCUUCUAUUUGUUGUUGUAAAAUGUAAGAUAUAUAUACGAAGCGAUUGUUGAUAUUUUUGUAUGGAAUUUUUUCUCUUUUGUAUAGUUAAAACACAUUGUUAUUAUCAUAAAUUUCACAGGCAGAAGUGUGCUAUUAUACAAAUCUAACAGUAAAUGAAUAAUAUUGUAUAUAAGUGUAAAAAAAUCAUAAUUGCAUUUUUUGAUGAGACAACUAAUAAUUAUAUUAAUUUUAUUGUUAGUAUUUUUACAAAUACAUGGAAAAGAACAA